ACCAACGUAAACUACAUGGCAACCGGGUUUAAAGGCGCACUAAGCUUAAACUGAAAGCGGGUUGACAACGCGACUGCAGCUUGCCAAUCUAUAUGGUGGACGUGGACUGCACAUACUGACUAUAUGCCAGCGACAUUAUAGUUGAUCAAGAAUUAUCUCUCUCUUCCAUGCACCAUUUGAAUGGGAACAUGGACACCACUUACGAAGGAGGAAUUGUAGUCAACAAUGUCCAGGAACUAUGAGCCUGGUCACUCAGUAGGGAUGUUGGCUGCUGUGGAACAUGGCCCCAUCCUGUGCAGCGACUCCAACAUCCUCUGCCUGUCCUGGAAGGGCCGGGUCCCAAAGAGCGAGAAGGACAAGCCUGUAUGUCGGCGGCGCUACUAUGAGGAGGGCUGGCUGGCCACAGGUAAUGGGAGAGGAGUUGUAGGCGUGACCUUCACAUCCAGCCACUGCAGGCGGGACAGGAACACGCCUCAGAGAAUCAACUUUAACCUGCGAGGACACAACAGUGAGGUUGUGUUGGUACGGUGGAAUGAGCCCUUUCAGAAGCUGGCCACGUGUGACAUGGAGGGAGGUAUCUUUGUGUGGAUUCAAUAUGAGGGGCGAUGGUCUGUGGAGUUAGUGAACGAUCGCGGUGCUCAGGUGAGUGACUUCACGUGGUCCCAUGAUGGGACCCAAGCCCUGAUUGCUUACAGGGAUGGGUUUGUCCUAGUUGGGUCGGUAAGCGGACAGAGACACUGGUCCUCUGAGAUUAACCUGGAGAGCCAGAUCACGUGUGGCAUCUGGACACCUGACGACCAACAGGUGUUAUUUGGUACAGCCGACGGUCAGGUGAUCGUGAUGGACUGCCAUGGACGUAUGCUGGCCCAUGUCCUGCUACACGAGUCAGACGGCAUUGUCGGCAUGUCCUGGAACUGUCCCUCCUUCCUGGUGGAGGACAGCACAGAGAGUGAUACAGACUCUGAUGACAAUAACCCACCUCAUGUACGUAACUUGAAGCCCCUUCUGACUGUCAGUUUCAUAUCAGGAGACAUCAGUUUGAUGAACAACUAUGAUGACCUCGCCCCUACUGUGAUCCGCUCUGGACUCAAAGAUGUGGAAGUCCAGUGGUGUUCUCAGGGGGACCUCCUGGCUGUGGCUGGGAUGGAGAGACACGCGCUCCCUGGCGUCCCCAAUGACUCUGUAAUGAGGAAUGCCCUGGUCAAGUUCUACAAUGUCCAAGGAGAACACAUUUACACAUUAGAGACACCCGCCCAGCGCCCCAUUACCACGAUUUGUUGGGGCCAUAGGGACUCUCGUUUGUUCCUGGCAUGCGGUCCGGCAUUAUACGUGGUGCGAGUCGAGCACCGAGUGGCCAGUCUGCAGCUACUGUGCCAACAGGGCAUUGCCAGUGCCCUUCGGGAGGAAAGGGACGUAGGCAAACUUAACAUGCCAUCUUUGCUGUGCUCCUACGUGACCACCGCCUUCAUACCCACCAUCAAGCCUCCCAUUCCUGAUCCCAACAACAUCCGGGACUUCGUCAGCUACCCCACUGCUGGUAACGAGAGGCUACACUGCACCAUGAAGCGUGCAGAGGACAACCCUGAGGCAGGGGGGCCUUGCUACACCCUCUAUCUGGAACACCUAGGGGGGCUGGUGCCUAUCCUCAAAGGCAGACGUAUCAGCAAGCUGCGGCCAGAGUUCAUCAUCAUGGACCCUAAAACUGACAGCAAAGCUGAUGAGGUCUGUGUAAAUGCCAUGAUUUCCUACAUGACUGACAGCUGUAACUGUUCCGACUCCAGUGACAUUGAGUUAAGUGACGAGUGGGUGGGAAAGAAAUCACCAAAACUGUCUCGAGGAAACAGGUCUCCCAAGGUUUCCAGAAUGAACAUGGAAUCUAGAAAAUCUCCCAAGAUGUCCCGGGCCAGUCAGGAAGGUCCCAGAUCUCCAAGGUUACCAACAAAGAAGCCUCCAAUUCGUUCUCCCAGUCUGACACGUAGGGAGAUGUCCAUGGAUGGAAUCUCUGAGCAUAAUUACCUGGCUCAAGUCACAUCCAAUAUUUGGGGAACAAAGUUUAAAAUUGUGGGACUUGCUUCUUUCUUACCUGCUAAUCUGGGUGCAGUUAUCUAUAAGACCAGUUUGCUCCAUCUACAACCAAGGCAGAUGACAAUCUACCUUCCAGAAGUGCGGAAAAUAUCACUUGAUUUUAUGAGCCUGCCAGUCUUUAACCCUAAUGUUUUCAGUGAAGAUGAGGAUGACUUGCCAGUAAUGGGACCAUCUGGAGUUACAGGUGACAACCCGCCCUGCACAGUCAACAUCCCCAUCGCGCCUAUCCACAGCCCUGCCCAAGCCAUGUCCCCAACUCAGAGCAUUGGUCUGGUCCAGUCCCUGCUGGCAAAUCAGAACAUCCAAUUGGAUGUCUUAACAAAUCCCACGGCUACAGCUUCAGCAGCAGCUGCCGUGGCAGCAGCCUCAGCCUCUCUUCCGGGGCCUGAUCAUGGUCAGGAUGCUGUUGCAGCGCCGUACACUGGGACUCUAGGAAGGUACCCCAACCCAGGACAGGUGAUCUUUAACGGGUUAGAGAUGGGUCCACUCUUGGCUGGAACUCUACCUCCACCUCCGCCUCCACAUCACCUCCCUCAACAACCCCACCCACAACGUCCUCAGUCACAACAGACGCACCAACAGCAGCAGUCCAAACAACCACAGCAAAUACAAAUGCAACAACAACAACAACAACAGAGAAUACAACAGCAUCAACAACUCCAGCACCAACAGCAGCAGAUUCAACAACAGCAUCAACAACUGCAGCAGCAUCAUCAGCAGCAGAUCCAACAGCAGCAGCAACAAACUCAGCAGCAGAUCCAACAGCAGCAGCAACAGACACAGCAGCAGCAAGCACUGCAACAACAGCACCAACAACAGCAGGCAGCGCUGCAGCAGCAGCAGCAGCAGAUCCAGCAACAGCACCAACACUUGCAACAGCAGCAGAUCGCUCAGCAGCACCAACAGAUGCAAUUGCAACACGAGCAAAUGCAUCAGCAACAGCAACAGAUGCAGCAGCAACAGCAGCAGAUCCGACAGCAGAUUAUUGAGAUGAGGCAGCAGCAGCAGCAACUGCAGCAGCAACAUCAGCAGAUACAGCAACAGCACCAACAGAUGCAGAGGCAGCACCAACAGAUGCAACAGCAACUGAAGCUUCAGAUCACCUUGCCCCCUCCACCAACCGGGUACCCGACCAUUUCUCUGCAGCAGUUCCAGGUACUGCAACAGAUACCUCACUCUGGUGCAGAAUCGGGUCCAGAUAGAGGAGAGCCAGGUCAUACUCAGAGCCAUACUCUGGGGAGGCCAAGUCUACCACGGUCCAGGCCUCCAUCAUUCAUUGAUUUAGAAAGUUUACGGUCCAGGCCUCCUUCCUUCCUUGAAGCAGACACAUCAAGAUCUAGACCGCCGUCAUUCAUCCACAUAGACACGAUUCGGAAUCGACCUCCUUCUUUCAUUGAUACAGAUGCCAGUACAUUGCGGUCUAGACCCCCGUCUUUUCUCGAGGCAGACUCCUCCAGAUCCAGACCUCCUUCCUUCAUAGACACAGAUGCACUAAGGUCUCGACCUCCAUCCUUCCUUGAUGCAGAGACUUCCCUUGAGAUCCAGAUGAGGAAGGUGAACCCUCCUCCACCCUACCCAGGAACAGUGGUGUCUGCAGCCACCGCCACAACCUCCGCUGCUCCUCAAACGCUCAUCACCAACUGUGACAACCCCAACAUACUGGUUACAGCAGACACAUGCCUCAAAAAAGAUGAGUUUUCACUCCACCCAGUUGGUCUCCAGUACCAGAUGGGAUACGAGAGGAUCACAACCUUUGACAGCAGCGGGAAUGUAGAGGAAGUGUGUCGCCCUCGCAGAAGACUUGUACGCAACCAGAACGCCUACGCAGUUCAAGGCAUGGGAGGUUCGGCAACACUUAAAGUCACCUCAUCAUCUGACAGUAAGAAAGUCCAGCUUCCAUACAGCUCAGCGACUCUAAGCCGCCUGUCUGUGCCACGAUACUCCAUACCCAGCGGAGACCCUCCUCCUUACCCAGAUCCAGCCAAUCAGGUUAACAUUAACACAACAACCCUUCCUCCUCCCCAACGCAUGGACAGUAGUCACAUGAUUCACGCUACUUUGCGACGUGACCGAAGAGACGUAGAAUCCCGCCUGAAGGUGUCCCAGAUGAUUGAUGCUUCAAGGACUCUGCCGACCAAAUCUAAGAUAAAUAAUCCUGCUCUAGCACUCUCUUACCAGCCAAGGGUGCCCACAGCACUGUAUACCUGCACCCAGUGCAGCAGCAACAGCAGCAGCACCAGUGUUAGUGUUAGCGGGGGUGGUAGUAGCAGCAGUGGCAUCGCAGGAGGAACCGUAGUGCGGCAGGAUUUUCCACCAGGAAAAGGAGCACAUCACAGCACUAUAAUUGUUCACUCUAAAAGCACUUCACCUCUGGCCUCUCAGUCAUCUUACAAUCUACUAAGUCCUGUUGAUAACAGCAGAGACAGAACAGUGUAUGUGAACUCUGCCUUUACCGAAGACGAGACAUUAAGUCAGCAAUGUCGUCACUUGACUCUUGGGGAUGUUAGCUUGACUCUGAAGCGUCCUCCACCAUACCAGUGGGACCCCAACACCACAGAGGAGUUUUGGAUUCCCCAAGAACCAACUAUCUUAGCUCCCCCUCCGCCCCCAACACACAAACCACCACCCCCACUCAUCUUCAGCAAUGCUCAGCACCUAGACAUGACACGACUGCCUUUUGUACUUUCAACAAAACCUCCCAGCAGCCCAAGCACCGUUACUUUCCCAUCGGGUUAUCAGAUUUCCCUGUCACCUUUCCCUACAGGCGUAGGUCAGGGUGGACCCCCACUCCAGUCCAUGCAAAGCCCUCAAGCACCCUGUCCUCCCAAUGAAGUUUCCCCAGUUCCACAGUUCCCCCAGCAGGACCCCAACCUGGUCUUGCCACCAGGAUACCCUCCCAACCUUGCCAACAUGGCUUGCUGCCCUUUGCCUCCAAUGUACCCAGGGGCCAGCUCCUGUGCUGGGCUUCAGCUGCACUCUGUGAGCCUUCAACCCUGGAACCCCUAUAGCCUACCUAUGCAAGACACCUCAGUCUCUGCCACCCUCCCCAGCAAGUCUCAUCAGGUGUUAGAGAAGCCGGUCCUCUCCCCACCUCCACCUACUGCUCCUCCUCCCCCACCUCCUUCACUUCCUCCUCCUCCUCCACCAACGGAGCACCCAAAACCCAAAAGCCCUACAGAGGAGCUGGCAGAAUCUGCUAGUAGCUUCCAGGAGCCAUCUUCUCUGAACGAAAGCCCUGUUUCAGACCGUCAGGGGUCUGACCGGUUUAGCAAGAAGAGUUGUAAGCGUCUAGACAGUCGAGCCGAGGAGGCAAACAUGACCACUGUGUCAGAGGGGAAAUCCAAAAAGGAAGGACGUGCCCUCUCUGACUUCAACUCGCUCAUCUCCAGCCCCAGGUUGGGUGGCAGGGAAAAGAAAAAACCCAAAGGCCAGAGGGAGCAACUGAACAAACCCAAGAAGCUCAACAGGACAAGUACCACAAGUGAAUUCCAGGACAGUUCAGAGAGUGAGCCAGAGCUCUUCAUCAGUGGAGACGAACUGAUGAACCAGAGCCAGAGCUCCAAGAAGGGCUGGAAGAGUAAAAGGAGCCUACGGAUGGCCAGUGAGCUGGAAGAGAUUAAAUGCAGGAAGGCCAAUGAAAGAGAGGACCGUGGUUUGGGCAGCCAGGGGUUUGUCUACGUCAUGGCCAACAAGCAGCCACUCUGGAACGAGGCCACUCAGGUCUACCAGCUGGACUUUGGAGGACGGGUCACACAGGAGUCUGCAAAGAACUUUCAGAUUGAGCUGGAUGGUAGACAGGUGAUGCAGUUUGGCAGAAUUGACGGGAAUGCCUAUAUCCUGGAUUUCCAGUAUCCUUUCUCAGCCGUGCAGGCCUUUGCUGUUGCCUUAGCCAAUGUUACUCAAAGGCUAAAGUAAAAGACUAAGUGGUUUUGUAGUGGGGAAACAAAUGUAAACAUCAUUUACAUACUUUAUUUAUUUUGCACAAGCAUUUACCCACUCUUUGCGGAAAAAUGCAUUAAAAGUAUUGGGAGCAUUACUUUAAUUAUUGCAAAAGCUGAUUAAUGUUUACCAACUAAGUUUCUUUCAGCACUACAUUAACCCCACACACGGGUCACAUACAUAGCUCAGUUGCAAUCACCUCUAAAGCAAAGUGAGAGAAUCAUCUGAGAGGAUGAUCCAGGCUAUAUAUAUAUAUA